ACAGUUGGGAGGCACUGGAACUUGAGUCCUCCUUGAGAAAUAGGGAAACUUCCAAUUAAGAAGGUGAAUAAUGAGAGAUUAUUAGGUGAAUCCCAACAGAAAAAGAGAGGGAGGGGGUUGAAUCAUCAUUUGAUGUUUUAGGCCUGAUCAGUUGUCUGAGACAAGUUUCUUCUUGCUAGAGAGCACAGCAAAAGAAGCAUCCAAUCUAACAAUGGCAGGAUUCUGGAAUCAAACAGUCGCUUUGACUAGAAAGAACCUCAUAUACCAUAGACGGCAUCUGAGGUCGAAUUUAAGGUUGAUUCUGUUCCCUGUUAUCCUUUUUCUGUCGGUUGGUUGGCUCCGACGCUAUCUGGCGAAGAAGAAUGUGUUUGGGGAGCAUUACAACGCAAAAAUGGCAACAGAAGGGACUCCUUUGCUUCUAAUCCCAGCUGCUGAGUUCCGAGCAGCGAAAACUAACCAAAUUCCGCAGUCAAAUGAUUUGCCAGACAAGUCUUGCAGAAUAAACGGCUCUUGUCCCGCAACUAUACUAAUAACUGGGAACAACAGAGAAUUUGGAGAAAGCGUGGCUGGAAAUAUGUUCUCAAAUUCCUCCUGCGGUCUCAAUAAUACAGCAGAUUGUGUUUUUGGGAAGACUGAUAAGACUUCUGAGAAGAAAUAUUACCAUCUUCAAUCUCAAUGCAAAGCAAAUUUCACAAUUCCAGUCCGUACUCAGGAUGGAACAGAAGUGACUGAAUGUCUUCAAGGCUUACUUGCGUGGCGCAAGAACUACAUGGAAAUUAAUGAUGAACUGUAUGAUGGCCAGUACAAGAACGGGGAGAUAAAUGAAAUACUGGCUGCAUAUGACUUUCGAGAUUCAGACAUGAAGCAUUUUGAUGUACAUCUGUGGUAUAAUACUACCCCUACAAGCUCAGAGAAACCACCAAAUGAGGUGCCUGUUGGAAGUACUUUGAACAUGGUUUGGAAUGCCUAUCUCCAAUCUUUGCUUGGGCCUUCUGUAAGAAUGAUCUUUGAGUUUAUUGGAGAGAUGCCCAGAGCAAGUACUAAUGUCACAUAUGAUUUUGCAUCUUCAAUUGGGCUUGUGUUUUUUACAUGGGUAAUACUGCAAUUAUUCCUGGUCAUUUUAACAUCCCUGGUUUAUGAGAAGCAGCAGAAGCUAGCAACGAUGAUGAAAAUGCAUGGUCUUGGCAAUGCACCUUAUUGGUUGAUUACAUACCUCUAUUUUCUCGUCAUCUUUUCACUCUACAUGGUUUGUUUUGUAGUAUUUGGCACACUGGCAGGGUUAACCAUCUUCACGUUGAACUCGUAUAGCAUCCAAAGUGUGUUUUAUUUCAUCCACAUAAACUUACUAAUUUCUGCAGCCUUUCUGCUCUCAACGGUCUUUUCAAGUGCAAAGAGUGCUUCAGUUUUUGGAUUCGUGCUGGUCUUUGGCAGUUGGUUAGUGGGGGGAUUUUUCUUUAAGCGCUUGAUUGCAGAUGUUUCAUUUCCAAGAGUGUGGCUCAUUGUCUUGGAGCUCUUUCCUGCAUUAUCACUCUAUCGUGGAUUAGAUGAACUCUUCAACUUUUCAGAGGCUGCAUUUGAGAUGGGGGCAUACGGAAUGCGGUGGCAAAGCCUGAGGGAUGAAAAUAGUGGAAUGAGGGAAGUUCUAGUAAUCAUGUCAAUUGAAUGGUUGGUGUUUCUUUUCAUGUCAUAUUGCACAUUAGGAGGUUGCUUUUGUAGAAGUCCUCUAUCUAUCUUCCGAAGCUCUCAAGAGAGGCCUCCAUCUUUCCAGAGUCCUAGACUGCAAGUUCAAGAGUCUGGGGUUCUUGUUCAAGUUGAUAAUCAGGAUAUUAAUCAAGAGAUUUUAAAAGUUGAACACCUGCUCAAUGAACCUGGUACAAGCUACCCGAUUAUCUCCCAUAAACUUCAAAAGACAUAUCCAGCAAGAGAUGGGAACCCUGAGAAGCAAGCUGUCAAAGGGUUGUCUCUUGCAGUAGCUCGAGGGGAGUGUUUUGGCCUGCUAGGCCCUAAUGGUGCUGGGAAAACUUCCUUCAUUAGUAUGAUGACUGGACUUACAAAGCCAAGCUCUGGCACAGCAUAUGUUGGAGGUCUCAAUUUGAAAACACAAAUGAGUGAAAUCCAUUCCAGCAUGGGUGUGUGCCCACAAGAGAACCUCCUUUGGGAUACAUUAACUGGAAGGGAACACCUGAAUUUUUAUGGCAGACUUAAAAACCUCAAAGGUGCUAAUCUAUCACGAGCAGUUGACGAUGCUCUCAGAAAUGUGAACCUGCUUCAAGGAGGAGAUGCUGAUAAACGUGUGGGAUGCUAUAGCGGUGGAAUGAAAAGAAGAUUAAGCAUCGCAAUUUCCUUGAUAGGGGACCCAAAAGUGGUCUACCUGGACGAACCUAGCACAGGGCUCGACCCUGCUUCACGGAAGAUGCUGUGGGAUGCUGUGAACAAAGCAAAAGAAGAUAAAGCAAUUAUUUUGACAACUCAUUCUAUGGAGGAGGCAGAGCACCUUUGUGACCGUAUAGGAAUUUUUGUGGAUGGAACUUUUCAGUGCUUAGGGAGCCCUGAUGAGCUGAAGGACAGGUAUGGUGGGACUUAUGUAUUCACCAUGGCAACUGCACCUGAGAAUGAGAAGGAAGUGGAGGAUUUGGUUAAGCGUCUCUCUCCAAAUGCCCAGAAGACAUACUACAUCUCUGGAACCCAAAAGUUCGAGGUUCCAAAGAGAGAUGUUAGUCUGUCUGAUGUGUUUUUGGCAGUAAAAUUUGCAAAGGAGAGAUUUGGAGUUGAAGCUUGGGACAUUGCUGAUACUACUCUGGAGGAUGUCUUCGUGAAGGUGGCAACAGAAUCUGAGGCAUCUGCAUCUUAGACUGCAGAAUCACUUAAGAUGUUGAUUAUCUCGUUCUUUACAUUAGAACAGUUAUUAGGUUGGGGGAGGACCAAAAAGAUUUGAAAUGUUUUACUCAAUGCUCUUAAUGAAGUUGGACAUAUGUAUGCAAA